AUGUAUCGCCAAGGACAACCAGGCAUGAUGCAGGGCCGACCAAACACGAAUGGCCUUUACUCGCCGGGAAUCACGCAAAAUCAGCGAUAUGGAGGCAAUCCUAUGAUGGCACAAAAUCAGCAGAAUCCAUACAGAUCACCAUCUAUGACGCCGAAUCAGCCUAUGAUGCGAAAUCCCAUGCAAUCACCUAUGAGAGGGCAAUAUCCGCCCCAAGCACCAAUGCAAAGACCCUGCGCGGGGAAUCCAUACAGUUCAUCACCAGCAUGCAUCUCUAACGGCACAUAUUUGAAAUAUCAAGAGAUCUAAACAGCUCAAAGAACUU